AGAGAAGCAAGAAGAAGUUUGUUAAAACCCAAAGUCGUUCGUGAGAGAAAGAUAAUCACAAACUGAAUCAAGAAGAAGGAAAAAAGAUCAAAUCUUUUAAGGGGUUUCAAUCUUGACUCCGUUGAUUUGAAGAGAGACCCUUUUGCCUUUUUUUUUUUUUUUAGAUUGAUUGAUUGAUAUUUGAUAACAAUGGUCGACAAAAGUGGUUACGAGUCUCCAUCAGAUAUAAUAAACCUUUCCGAUUCCGCGAAGAAGAAGAAGAAGAAGAAGAAGAAUAACAAGAAGAAGCCGUGUGAAGUAUGCGGAAGCGCUGCUAAUGAGCUUUUGGUUAUGACAUGCUUCAAGUGCAGAGACACAAGAGAGCAUACUUACUGCGCCAGGGUCAUCUUACAACGUGUUCCUCGUAUUUGGCUAUGUGAAGAGUGCCGUGAUUCCUCAUCUGCUAAUCCUCAUGUUAAAGAAGCUGCUCAGUUAUCAAGAACUAUGCAAGUGGAACAAGCUGCGGUUAACAAAGUUUCUAUUGAUCAAACUGUUCCAUUGUCAAGAACUAAGCUACUUGUGGAUAUCCAAGAUCCUAUCGAUCGAGCUGCUCCAUCAUCAAGAACUAUUCAAGCUGUUGAUAACGGAAUUUCGACUGAAGCUGCUCUGUCAUCAAGAACGAAUCAAGUUUUAUAUAACAAAGAUUGGAGUGAAGCUGCUCCAUCAUCAAGAACUAAUCAAGUUGUGGAACAAGUAGUGCCUGUUGUUGCUCAUAUUCAACAUCAGUAUACUACACAAGAGUCAACUCCAUUUUCACUAGAUGAUGAAACCCAUCUUUUUCACUUCAACUAUUCUUCAGUUUCUCGCCCUCCGUUGAUGAAAAAAAGAAGAAAGUGACUGGUGUCUUGAUUGGUCAAAAUAUUGUCCACUAGUGUUCACGUCAAUGCAUUGAUCUCUCCACUGAUUCCAAAUCUGACGACCAAAGGCCUCGUUUCAAAGAGAUUUGCGUUGUUAAAGAGUCAUAUGGAUUUAGGGGUUUAUAAUUGGCCAUAUUAGCUUAACUUUUUUCUUGUGUCACAAGUCAAUUUGCUAGUUGACUAAAAAUUGAGAUUGGACUUAUUUUAUUUUCAUUUGGAGUAGUCAU